CAACCUAGACCACAGCUUGCAACAAUGCUGGAUCCCUAACCCACUGAGCUAGGCCAGGGAUCAAACCUGCAUCUUCAAGGACACUGUGUGGGGUUCUAAAUCUGCUGAGCCACAAUGGGAACUCGUGUCCAAGAUUUUUGAUGAGCAUUCAGUCAUUAUCUAGUUUUACAAAUAUUUGUUUGUAAUCAUUCCUAUAGCUACAAAAAAAAUCAAGCAGUGCAUUUAUUUAUUGUUUACAUUGUAACAUUUUCUUAAGAAGUAAUCAUUUUAUUGCUUCUCUACCUUUGGUUUUUCUUUUUCUUUUCUUUUUUCUUAUUUUAUUGUUAAAAUUGUACAUUAUUUGGAAGCUCAUGAAAUGUAGUUUGCUUGGCACAGGUUUUGUAAAUUAAGCCUAUAAUAUUUAACUGGCAUAUAUGGGAAAGCAAUAUACUUAAUUCUGAUUGAACUGAAAAUGCUUAUAUCAUUAUAGUAGCAAUUUAAUGAUAACAGGUCAUCUGCAUUUUUUUGCUGAAAAGAACCUUUUGUGGUCAUCAUUCUCUAAUUUUCUGUUUACCAUCUUUUUCUUUAUUGUCUUAGUGGUUAGAGCUAAAUUACUGUAAAAUACUUUUAGCUGCUAGCAAGGUCGUUUUUUAAUCAAUUAAAGUGCCUUGUUACCUACUUGGGCAGCUCUUCAGAAUGUUGGGGAACCUCAGUGCUCCCCCAAAUGCUGGCUGUUCAAGUGUGAUGGACACUUUGGAUAUUGAUGUAUUUUCAAGUAUCUGAAUGGGCACAACUCUGGCUUUUUUUUUUUUUUUUUGCUUUAAGAUGCUCUCAUAGUUUGAAUUUGGUAUUUUGCUCCUUUGCUGCCUAUGAGAGACCCUGGGCUUGGUAAUUGGCAUUUAUUUCCAAGUUUCUAUUUUUACCAUGCAUUUUGAUUUUCCAGGUUACUGGCUAUUGAGAUAAAGGAAAUGGUCCAGUUAGUUGAUAUCAGAAAACUAGAAGCUUUUGAUAGAAAAGUGAGAAGGAUUUACUGCCUCUGUUUGAGAGAAAGAAAUAGAGAGGGUGGGCUUCAUUAGAAGUGUCAUGAUCAGGGAAUGCCAAUUACUCAGUGAACAGAAAGCAUUUGGCACUCAACAUGUAUUAGUAGCCUUUAGGCUUCCAUCUGCAGGUCAUGUCUCCUGUGUAUUUCUUUAGAUACUGCCAAUGCUUCGGUUUUCCUGUCUGUAUUUGGUACUAUUCCUCUCCUCAAAUUCUGUGUGCUGUCCGUUGGAAACCAUUGGCUCCACUACUAAAAUCUAUCUUGAACUUACAUAAUUUUCACCAUGUUCAUGCCUACAACUUUAGUCUGAGCUACCAUCAUUUCCUAGUCCUCCACACCUAAAAUAGUACAAAAAUGUAUAGCUUGUCUUUCUGCCUCCAUUCUUUUUCCUCUAUGCCCCAUACCCAUCCACUAGUCAGACCUGCACUUUCUAAAACCUAAAUCAGAUUACAACUAUCCAUCACUUUAAAUACAAAAUUUUUCUGUUGAAAAUAGGAUAAAUUUGAAAUUCCUUUCCAAAGUCUACAGGAUCCUACAGAACGUGACUUCUGCCUCUGUCUCCGACUCUUUGUCUUCCAUUCUUCUUGUUCAUUAAACUCUCACAAUACCUCCCUUCCUUCUCCUUGGACAUGGCAUGUUUGUUCCCAUUUGAGGGUUUGGAACACUCUUCCUUCAUGAUUUUGCAUGAAGCGUCCUUCUUUUCUGCUUUCAACUCAACUGCUGCCUCCUUGAGGAGGCUUUUCCUGAGCACUCCCUAUAAGUCCCCUUUGAGGCAUUCCAUGGUAUUACCUUACUGCAUUUUGUUAUACUUAAUAGUGUUUGAAAUUAUCUAAUUUAUUUAUUUGUCUCUUCUCCCAAAAUACACUUGAGGAACAUUUGUCUUGGCCACUGAUGUAAACCUAACACUCAGAAUUGGGCCAGGAGCAUAGUAGAUGGUAACUAUGGAUACAAGAAAUGACUGAAUUCCUCUUCUUCCCCUUAGAUAAAUAGAAUUCUGUGUGCGUGUAUGUCUGUGUGUGCACAUGCACAGGUAUAGUAAACACAGUAUUUUAUACUGUAGUAUCCAUUCCACAGCCUGUAUUUUAGAAAUCUAUAUAUUGAGGCCCAACAUCACAUAUGGAGAGAGUAGAACAGUGAUUUAAAACCUUGUGUUCUUGCAUUGGCUUGUUUUCCUUCCCUUCCAAAUAUGUUCAUUCCUUCUUUUCAUUCAUUUGUUCAUUUACUCCACUUACAAUAAAUAUUGGUAUCUUGUUUUCUCUGGAACAUAGCAGUCUCUAUGGGCACAGCUGUGCUUAAUGUUUUGGGAUGGGGCUCAGUGGAAAUGGUUAAGACUUUCAAGUUAUGCAGACGUGGGGUCAAGUUCUGGCUCUGCUCCUUACUUUAAGGUGAGUUGUAGGGAAUUGCUGAUAUUCGAUUGUUUUUCACCUGUGUGACCUUGGGAAUGUUCCUUGAAUUUUCUACAUUGAGUUCCCUCAGCUGUAAAUAAUAAUACCUGUCAUAAGAUUUUAAGAAACAAAUGCAAUAACUUAUAAAAAGCACCUAGUUCGUUUUCUGGCACAAAAACUGACUGUUAUCGUUUGUAGAUUAUAAAUAUUUGCAUAUGCAUUUUGUAGUUUUUACACAUGGUUCCUAAGAUAUUACUUGAAAUAUUAGUAUCAACUCAGUCUAAAGUUAUCUCUUGCCUUCUAGAGAAUGUUCAUUUUUUUAAUUUGACUGUUAUAACCUUUGGAAUAUUCUUUCCCACUAGAAAAAACACCAAGUUUGCCAUCUGCAAAUUUCACUGAUUCACAAAUCAAUUGUAGUGUUUUACAAAGUAAUUUUAUUUUAUUAUGGUAACUUUAUUUAGCUUCUCUAUUUGACUUUAUAUUAUACUUAAUAGAAUUUUAAUUAUUAUGGUCGCAUAAUCAUGGUAAUUUAAUAGUCUCUUAGUACUUAGGAAAGGGAAUUCUUUCUAAAAACAAUCAAAUCUCAUUUUUUAGUUUCUAGCAUGUUUUGGAAAUACAUUUUUUUAAGUUAAUUGGGUGGAAAAAUUACAUAUAACUUUUUAGAAAAGAAAAUUGAUAUAUCUAACCAAAAAUUCCAGUAAUACAUUAGAAUCUAAAGAGAAAAUGAAAACGAGUGUACCAUUUAUAGCAAAUUAUUUUUACUUGUGUUGGAUUAACUCUCUUCCUUCUACGACUGUAUGUGUGUAAUAUAGAUCAAUAAGGUGUUCAGAAUGGUGUUAACUAUCUGGAAGGAAAUGGUGUUAUCUAAGCCCCACAGCUGGAAAAUAUGAGAAUUAGAAACUUAAUUGAUUAAUACUGGAUCACAUAAUUAUCCGGUGAUUAAAGACUGCUAGGUGGAACUGACAUAAUGGGGUUUUCUUUUUGGAAAAUAAUAUUUUAAUUGUAAUGGUGUUCCCCUUGGUAUUUAGUAAAACUGCGAUUACCCAAGAACACACUUAGGAUUUAGAGAGACCUAACCUCUGUAGCUUAGUGGUUAGGCAUUUCUGAUACAGAUUUGGGGGGCGGUUUGAAAUUAGGAUGGAAAGUCAGAGCAACGUGACUUCAGCUAAUGUACUGUUUGCCCUUGACCCCUUCUCCACAACCUGCCAGUAAUGAUAGGCUUUUGACAAGUGUAACUGCAUGAUGCCCAUUUUAUUUACAGUUUUCAUAGCUAAUGAAUAAUAAGAAAAAUGUCCGCCAGGACCUGAUUGUUUACCUCUCUAAUAGCAAUUUACAGAUGGAGCAUGUUGUGGCUGUUACAAACCAUAGCCUAUAAUAGCAUUUGAUGUAAGUAUCUGCUCACCAUUCUGUAUUGUGGUUGGAGCUGGAGAAAUAGAAAAUUGGUCAUUUCCCGGCAGAUAGCACUAAGUUUCAAUUCAGUCAGAAUGCUGUAUGUACUGUGAUAGGUUUAUAAUUAUUACCCCAAGAUUGAUGGUUUUUUGGUGAGUGUAAAUUUGUGCAGCAGUAAUCCAUUAAGAAAUCAAUAAUCAUUCCAUUCUGAUGUGUAGUUCCUAUUCACUGUUAUAAAUGUGUACUCAGAGCUGAAACCAAUGCUUUUUUUUUUUUUUUGAAAUUGUAGUUGACACUAUUGGAAAUGAGGAGAUUAUUAUAACAUUUUUUCCUUCUCUCAGAUUUCUUUUUCUAUGCUUAUGUUCUUUUGGCCCAUAUGGCAUACCUAAUGAAAGUCUGCAUAUUUUCAUACCAUUUAAAAUUUUAUUUGGACUUCUUUUACUAUUUCGAUCUCCAUGUCUCCAUCUUUUACUUAGUUGUUUAAUAAUGGCAAAUUAUAAAUGUAAAGUACCUUAGUGUUUCUUUCUGUAGUGUAGAGGUGAUUUAUUGCUGCAUACACAUGAUCAGGAAAGUGUGGUAGUUUCUUCCCUUUAAAAUAAAAUUUUAACCUCUAGGCUGAAGUCUUCUCAUAGAAAGCAAAUCUAACAUGUAUUUAUUACUCACACCUGUGAAGCACUGUGCUAGAAGGCAUGGGGGAGGUGGGGAGGAGAAAGGACUAAAAACAUUGACCCUGUUUUCAGACUAGCUUAUAUUUUAGAGAAAGACGAGCUUAUCUGUUAGAGAAAGAGAAGCCAGAAUCAGCACAAAUAACUUAAGGAUGUGAAGAAAGAAGAAAAGCGGUGAGGGAAAUGUCAGCUCUGAAACCAUCCAUUACGUAAGUUCCGAGCUGGAACUUUGGUGUUAUGGUAUGAUGGUGCUGGGGAUGAUGGGGGUGUGGGUAGUGAGCUUCAUCCCACAGAGGGAUGUGGCCAGUGUUACAAAAUUCUGCCAUGGUCGGUCUGGGGCUGACGAGCAGUCUAAAUAAAGAUUCUAAGUAAAAGUGACAUAGGAGCAGAGUAUAAAGUCACAAAGCAGUAGAGCAAGAUAGAAAAUGAAAAAUAAAGGCCCCACUGCCCAGGUGAUCCUAGCUGUCAGUUUCUCUUGUUAUCAAUUUCUUAAUUAUCCUUCAAUAAGUUUUUAGCAUAUUCUAGCAUGUUCAGUAUAGUGCUAGCUAGUUCGGCUAGAAUAUAGACCACCAUGUCUAUAUAUAUUUUUUUCCUUUUCUGUUGAUAACAAAUAAAAUUACACUGUGCACGUUGCUUAUAGCUUGAUUGAUUUUUCACUUACAAAUUUUUUUUUUCACAUCACUCUUUUGUUCUUGGGUGCUUAUAAUGCCAUUAUACACUGAGGAUACACGGUGACUUAGUCCUUCACUGAUGAACAUUAAGUUUGUGUCUAGGUGUUCACUGUUACAUACAGUGUUACAGCCAGUGUCCUGUCUGUCCUUUUAGCUUUGCAGGCAUCCUCAGCAUAACUUGGCUGUAGAUUUGCUAUGUCAUGAAGUAUGUGCAGUGAUCAUUUUAAUGGAUCAAGUAUGGGCAGAUUGCCCCGUGAAAAGGUUACCAAUUUACACUACAAGUAGUUUGUGAGUCUGUUUUGUCGUCUUUGACAACAAUGAAUUUUAUUAGUUUUGGUUCAUCUGAUGGGGGGAAUAGUAUAUAAAGUUAAUUGGUAUUUCUUAAUUAUGGUUCUUUAAACAUUGUUUUAUAUAUUUGCUGGUUGUGAUGUCUGUGUUUAUUUUCUGUCCCUGAAGAACGUUUCUGCUUUGGCAUCCAGGAGAAAUUAUAAUUAAAAACUCUUGUAAGAAUUAGGAGAAAGAAAAAGAUUUUAUCUGGUGUACAUGGUGGUUUUUCUUUUGUUUUUUGUUUUGUUUUGUCUUUUUAGGGCUGCACCUGCGGCAUGUGAAGGUUCCCAGGCUAGGGAUCUAAUUGGAGCUGUAGCUGCUGGCCUAUGCCAGAGCCACAGUAACUCAGAAUCCAAGCUGCGUCUGCGACCUAUACCACAGCUCACGGCAACGCCAUAUCUUUAACCCACUGAGUAAGUCCAGGGAUCGAACCCUCAUCCUCACGGAUGUUAGUUGCCUUUGUUAACCACUGAGCCACAACAGGAAGUCCAUGGUGUCCUGUUUUGAGAUAGUUUUAGUGGGAAGAUACUGGUUAUUUGAUGUUAAAACUUCUACAAACUAUUCUACAGCAGAAAAUGACACUUUUAUUCCUGUGUCUACAUUUAUUUCACUUGCUUAUCUUGGUAAAACACGUAAGACACUCUUCCAAGAUUUCUAGCAUAGCAUUUCAGUAAAAUUCGGAGGUUAACAAAAUUUUAAUUGCUACACCAUGAAACCUGGCUAUCUGUGUAGUAGCAAUUCUACACAGAGAAAAGAAUGUGUAUCUAAAAAGUUUAAGUAGCAGAGAAGAAGAGAAAAAUCAGGUGUUACUUAGAAAUGAUUUGAUUAAUUACUUGAGAGGGCUAGUUUAGGAAUAAGGGGGAUGCCUUUUUAUAAGGUUUUAAAAAGGGCUAAAGAGCUACCUGUGUAGGACCUGAUUUCUCCCUCUUUGCUAUUUCGGGACUGGUGGAGAUCUCAGAGUGUCAGUUGACAAGCAAGUUGCAUUGUCUGAAAACUUACAGGCUAAGCUUAUUCCUGAAAAAGACUGAAGUCUUGUGUUCUUUUUAUUUUCUUGCACACUUUUUCAGGAAACUACUCAGUUUUUCUCACACGGGAAAUGGAAAUAUGCUUGCGAGCAAAGAAAGUUCGUUUCAUGACACCUAUGUUUUUUAUGAGCAGUUAAACAUCCAAAUGUAUUCUACAGUUUUGUAGCUCCCAGCCUGUCCCAAGAACUAGAUUGAUGGCAGCCUGUUAAAGAAUAUGGUUGAGGUCACGGAGGACCUGGGCAUGUUCUUGGACUCAAAGAGCAUCCUGAGGUAGAAAAAACUUGUACCGUUUUCCCUUUCUCCUGUGUGCAGGAUAGAGAUGACUCAAUCUCUGCUUUUUGCCUAUACAAUUGCAUUUAAAAAUAAUAAGGUUCCUAAUUUCUCAUCUGGGGCUACAAGUGUGUGUGUGAGCACACACACACUUACACCCAUGUCAUUUAUUUCACCACUGAGAAUAAUCUUGAUGAAUCAAACACUUGGAAAUGACCUCAGAGGUCAUUUAGAACAACUUCCUAAACAAAACAAGAAUAUCCUGACAUCAUGUGUGACAGGUGGUCUCUGGGAUUUUGCUUGACCACUUCUAGUGUGAGAGGAAGGAAGAUCACUGUUGUAUCGUCGGUCAGCUCUGAUUCGUAGAAAGUCCUCCUUUAUAUUGAGCUUCACCUGCCUCUGUGGAAUGUCACUGCUUUUACUAAGACACAGACUAAGUAUCUCGGAAAUUUUAGAUGCUUUGUUCUGUAUUAGUGUUUGUAGACCUAGGUUUUCAUGUAGGUUUUUAGAAUUUUGCAUGGGCCCUGUGUUUGAAAGACUCUCAUAAUUUAUUUUGAGGAAUAAUGCUGUAGUUAGCAUAUAUAUUCCUGUCUCUUUGCCCCAGUAGCUAUAAGCCAACCAUCUAACCAUGGUUAAGUAAAACACAAGCAAAAAACAAAACAAAACGAAAACCCUGACUUUAUUUUUAGUAAGUUAUAUCUUAAUAAUGUUAUUUUUAGUUAUUUUAACCUUGAAUAACUUUUAAGUCUUUUGACAAUUCAAAUUAGAUUAUAAAGGUGAUAUUUUGCCUGAAAACUGGGCAUGAAGAAAUUCAUUCAUUAUAUUUCCAUUUCAGAUGGAAUACAAAAUUUUGGCUUUGUGCACAGAUGUUUUAGCAGUUACUGUUUAUCUUAAAACUUGAUGCUUUAAGACUUAAAAGGACAGAGACAUAUAGAGAGAUGUUGCAAAGCUCAUAUAAAAGAAAAGGGAUCAUGUUUCAGGGAUUCAUUUAGCUUAGGAUGUGAAAACUUACCCAGAUUUUCCAGCUGAAAUUUCUUAUGAAAGAUUCCUAGGUGAAAAAGAUAAGAGUUUCCUGACAAGGGUUCUAGGCAUCUACAUUUGUUCCUCCAAGGGCAUUAGCAAUAUUUGAAUUGGCUUAUGACUUCAUAUUUCUCCCCUGCCUGAGCGGCAGUUUUACUGCACGUUUAUUGGAUUUACUAUUGUAAUUGGAUAUGGAAUUGUGCCGGGAAGCAUAUAUUUUAAUAUGUGCACCUUAGCAAUCUAAAUCAUUAGGAUGGUGACUCACUCAGCAUUUAACAGGGAAAUUAGCUGGCUUUGUCUGUGUGUGAACAUUUGGGGAGGAGCUGACCCUAACUUUGGAAAUAUACCAGUAUUCCAGAUCACCUGUGGCCGUAUGAAGGGUGGGAAUUCCUCUAGCUUAUCAGGCUAGAUUUCGUCAAACAUAUCUUUGCUUUAUUUUGGAGAACUAACAAAUUAGGGGAUUCCCUAGCUGAGAAAUGAUUAGAUAUAUGUUUAGGAAAUUUGCUAGCCCAUUGAAUUAUGUCACUGCUGAUUUGGUAAGGGUGCUUCAGCAAGUUCACAUACUACCCUUGGGUCUCCCAUCGUGGCAAAGAACAUUGUGAAGUUCUUGGGAAAAAAUAAUCCUCACACCCAAGUUAUUUUAAAAAUAGUUGUGUUAUAAAGCCCUGUUUCCCAAACUUGUUUGAUCCGUAAGAAUCAUCCAGGAUGCUUGUCAGACGAGAGUCCCACACCUCAUUCCAGGUGUACUGAAUCAGAAUUAUCAAGGAAAGAACCUGUGAUUCUGUGAUUCUGAUGAUCAGGGAAGUUUAGGAAACACUAUCAAGUAAUGAACACUAUUAUAUUAUUUGAUAGUGUACACUAUAUUAUUUGAUAAUGCUAUCAAAUAAUACCUAUGCAGGAAAUUGGAAAGGACUGGUUUGAGAAGACAGUGAUGUCUCUAAGGAGCUGGAGGAUUGCAGUGUGUUGCUAUCCAACACUAACAGGGUUCUCUUGUGGCGCAGCAGGUUAAGGAUCGGGUGUUGUCACUGCAGUGGCUCAGGUCACUGCUGUGGUGCCCACUUGAUUUCUUGCCUGGGAACUUCUACAUGAUGUGGGUGCGGCCAAAAGAAAACCCCACUAAAAUGUCCCUUACUUUUCUGUGAUGGUACAAGCAGAAUAUGCAGUAUGCCUGACUGUGAUUUUUUUGUUUGUUUUGUUUUGGUUAAGGCUGGGGGAAUGUAGAGGUAGCCAUUUUUAAGAAAAAGCUAAAAAUGUAAAGAUAUAUUUAUUACAAUGUUUAUAUGUUUAUAUUGCAGUAGGCAAAAGGUCUGUAUUCAUUUGCUUUUUUUUUUUUUCCCCUGUUCUCUACCUGCCUUUGGUCAUUUUCCCCUUUUCUUGGCCUUCCGGGUUAUUUGGUUUGGGACAUUUAAUAAAACCAUAUGCAAUAUUUUCACACUAUUUUUAUGAGACUGGAUAUCGUCUCUCUCCACUUCUCUGUCAGUUGUAUUCUUUCAGCCUGUUUACAAAAACCAGACACAUGUUCCUGUUUCAGCUUGGGAGCUUGUGCAUCUGUUGACAGUUCAGAAAUAAUCAGUUUAGAUUUCAGCAGCUGAUUAAGUGCUCAGUUCUAACCAAACUGAGAAGGAACUCUUAGGAAUGCUAACAGAUACUAUUCUACUUAGUUGUCUGCACAAAAAUGUAAUAAUGAUCAUUUUAAAGCAAUGCUGUGGUUAUAAAAGGCCUUUGCUGCAAUUAUAUUUUUCUUUCUUUACCACAAAGAAGCUGGUCAGUCUGCUGACCAGUCUCUGAAUGUUAGAAAAAAAGUAUUGGUGGAAUUUCAGAAAUAUCCUAUGCGAUCUGCUAAAGAGUUUCACGGAGACUCCAGCUUCCACCUUGAAUUACUACUGAAUGUAAGAAGUAUAGCUAAUAGUAUCAGUGUGGCACCCAAGUACUGAUUUGCCUAAGAUAGGAAGCCAUAUCCCCAUGACCUGCAGGUGAAAGGGAAAAAGAGAAGCAUGCUUUAAAUGCACUUGGGCGAGUACUUACCUAGUUGACCUUAUAUUUCUCCAGUAGUCUGUAGAAAUUGAAUGAGAACAUAAGAGAAUUGCUAGAAAUAAUAGAAAAUGUAGAAAUAGAAUCAGAAAGCAUAAAACUGAUUUAUAGAAUAGAUUCUUUAGGAUAAUUAGUGUGCAUCUUAAUCAGUUAGUACUCACUGAAUACUUUAUGAAAAAUAUUGUGCAUUGGACAGAGAAGAAAUGCAUUCUUCCUUUGAAAAGAAUGGAAUUUAGCAGAAAUCAUUAAAAAAUUACGUAUCAGCUGAAUAUUUUAGAUGUCAAUUUGAGAUUUUCAGCAAACAAAACAGUUUUCCAAUUGUAUCCAUACAGUUAAGGCAGAGGAUACACUAACUUUUCAGGAAGAAUUGGAGGUGGUUUGCCUUGUAGUUACGUUCAUGGAAUUAAUCAUUUUCUUUCUGUAGCCUUAUCACCUGUUUCUUUCUAUAGUACAAAUCUGUUGAUCAUUCCCCUUCCCAAAAACGUUCAUGACUCCCCUUACUUAUAGGGAGUUAUAAAAUGCUAUAUUACCUUUAAAGAACUAAUAAGCUCUUUAGUAUUUUAUACUACACCCUUUUUUUAAACGUCAUCUUUUAUCUUCACUUCCUGAAAUUCCCUUUCAUAUACACCAUGAUUCAGCCACAGACACUUGCCACAUCUGCCUUGAACAUAAGUUCUUUCAAAUAGCCUUAUAUUUACAUAAGCCUUUUUCUUUUCCUUGAACUUCUGUCCCUUUUUUCUUGAUUCUCAAGAAACUCACACUCCUUAGAGAGCAAACGUUACUGCUUCUUUAAAGCUUUAGUUAUUCCCCUGUAAUCCUGUGGCAUUGAGUAUGUACCUAUUUCUUUUAUAGUAUUUACUACAUUCUGUUGUUUUGUGUCUGUCUCCCAUUAUUAGUCUUUGAGAUUAUCCAGCGCAGAAGUUAUGUCCUGUUCAUCUCUAUACCUGUAAUCUUGCAGUUGUACCGGGUAUAGAGCAGGUUCACCCCUCUGCAUUGUUUUAUGAAUAAAUUACUCGGGGAGAGUGAAUGAGCUUUCAUGAAGUGGAUGGUAGUGGGGAUUGCCCUUAGGGGAAGACAGAUGCGGUCUCCUUUAGCUGGGGGUGGGCAAUGAUGUAAUAAAAGCCAAUUUUGACCUGCUGUCACCUGCCUUAAUGUGAAUAGGAUGCAGUAGGAAUCCAUAAAGGAUGGUGACCUCGGAACUCAGAUCUGUAUGGAUAGUCUUGCACUUGCAAGUCUAUUCAGGCCUUGCUUCCUGCUUAUUUUUGCAAUUUGGAGCUAGCCAGCAUGGAUAUGUCUGUAGUUAAGCCUCACAGUAGGCUAGAGUAUUGUAUUAAUAAGCAACAUUCCUAUGGACUUCCUUCUAUGUGUCAUCUGUAACAGAAUAAUAACAGUGGUACACCCUUUCUUCUUUGUCCUUCUCAUAUUUCUUCUCUCCCACACUUGCAUCUAUCCUGUUUGUGCUGGCUCAUGGUUUUGGACUUCUAAUGAAACUUCCUCUGUCUAAACCUAGGGAAAUUUGUUUCAGCUCAGGCAUUUGUCCUUUGUCAAGUUGACCUAUUUCAUUAAAAAAAAAAAAAAAAAAUGAGGUUGUGGUGGGCCGAGUACUUAGAACGCAGGAAGGGGCAUGCCACCAGUGCCCCAGCAAAGCUUAUGUAGAUAAGGCUAGUUGUAGCACAGCAAAUGAAUUGUCUUUGGACCUUUUGCUAUUCUUUCUUCUUUCUCAGUACUCCCUGUAGAAACCCACUUCCCUUGCGGUACUUUCUUGUUGCUUCACUAUCCUGCUCGGUCCAGCCUCCCCUUUCCGGGUUGCAUUCUGCUUUUAUGUGUCUCCACAAUCCCUCUUUAUCCAAAUCAAAACCUUUCCCUGGCAGUAGGGAAUCCUUUUCUCAGCUUUCUGUCCUGUGAUAGAACAAUUUGGUAAACUCAUUCAAGACGAGUCUUAGUUUAAUAGAUUACUGUUGUCUUGUCUAAGCAACAUGUAUACUUUAUGUAGAGGCUUUUCUAGAAAUUUGGUCUCACGUAGUUGUAAUAAAUUUUUAAUAAUGUCAAUUUUAAGCACCAGAUCAUAUUGGAGGGCAUGGGGAAAAAGUCUGGGGCCCAUGAAUAUUUUUCUUUUGUUUUCUAUGAAAUUUAUGACAUUAAAGAAACUUCUUCUAGCCCAAGGUACUAGACCUGUGUCGAGACAUUUUUUCAUGAAUAUCAGUAUGACAGACUAACUUUGGGAUUAAAAAAGUGUUAGAGAAUGUUGGAUCUGGAAGUGAUCCGUUGGUAUUUCUUUGACCCUAUGUCAAAUAAUUUUGAGGGAUGCAGAAGACUCAGGUGAUAUCUAUAAAACCCUAUGAGGGCUUGAGCUAAUAAUAUUUGAAACUACCUUUCUCAGUUUGUUGAAAUCAGUGUUAUUUACUUUUGUUUUGUUUUAUUUCAAUAUAAGGAAUUUCUGGUUAUAGGUUUAAAUACAGGACACAUUUACAAGUGUCUCUGAAUACUGCAUACAUGUGUACUUUAUAAUCUUACAGCAGAGACCUCCACCCAGCCCUUCUUUAUGGAUAAAGAGGUGUGGAAAAGGUGUGCUUAAUUUAAUAAUUUCCACACUUGACAAAACACUGCCAUGGAAAAGAAUGCAACUGUUUUUGUAAAGCCUCCCUAAAACCACAGCACUUAAAUAUCCAUGAAGAUGAAAAUGCCACGGGUAUAAAAAUAUAUUUUGUAAAAAUAUACCAAACUUUUCUAUUUUGGUAUCCAAUGCAUUUUUCCUAGGAAGGAGGGAAAACCUAGUUAGUUGGAAUACACAGAGCCGGAAGUCCUUAAUAUAACAGGGAUUGCCUUUAAGUCUGUUUAUAAGCCACUUUUUUUUUUCAAUUAAAAAUAUAUUUUUAAUAAAAAUGUAUCCUGAUUAUGGUGGUGGUUACAUGAAUUAAUACGUGCUGUAGAACUGGUUCUAAAAGGAGGAAAAAAACCUCAAUUUUUUGGUUUGGUGGUCUAGAAAUAAAAUAUUAGAAUGAAAGAAUGUACUUUGCAUUUAAAACCAUGGUAAAAUGGUGUUAAAUUUCUAGAAUAACCAGUGACAAAACUUGGUAAAUGUGACAUCUGAUCAACAGAAUUAUACAAACUUACCAUUUAUGAGGAAAUACAUUUCAGUCACAAAUCAGAACUUGAGGAGUGUAUUUUCCCCCAUAUAGUCAGGAGUUCUGGUGGUAGUGGUGAUAAUUGCAGUUGCAGUGUCUGUGGUGCUAGAGGCAGGGGCUUGGAGUUGGUAGAGGGUUGACUGAGAGUCCCUAUUCAGGACUCUGGCCUUAGCAGGGUGAAGGUGUUGACUCUUGGCCAAUUGUCAGUUCUUUGAUGUGCCUAACAAUUUGCGCAUCACAGACACUCAACUAGUGAUUAGAUACUGGGGCCUCACUUCUGCCUAGGUUGAAAUCUUGGCUUCACUUAUGAGCUGUGUAACCUUGGAUGAGUUGCUUAACCCCUCUGUGCUUCACCUCCAUCUGCCCCAAAGGUUGUGAAGGAUACUUUUCUCAUAAGGCUGUUGGGAGGAUUAACUGAGGUGAAGCAUGAAGCUGUUAGCAGAGUCUGGGACACCUACAAAUUCAGUAAAGCUAGAAAUGCAGAGUGAUGAAGAGUGUGACGGGAAACCCCUGAGCCGAGAAGACGAGAUCAGGGGCCAUGAUGAGGGUAGCAGCCUAGAAGAACCGCUAAUUGAAAGCAGCGAGGUGGCAGACAACAGGAAAGUCCAGGAGCUUCAAGGCGAGGGAGGAAUCCGGCUUCCGAAUGGUAAACUGAAAUGUGACGUCUGUGGCAUGGUUUGCAUUGGGCCCAAUGUGCUUAUGGUACAUAAAAGGAGUCACACUGGUGAACGUCCCUUCCAUUGUAACCAGUGUGGAGCUUCUUUUACUCAGAAGGGCAACCUUCUGAGACACAUAAAGUUACACUCUGGAGAGAAGCCGUUCAAAUGUCCUUUCUGUAGCUAUGCCUGUAGAAGAAGGGACGCCCUCACAGGACACCUCAGGACCCACUCUGUGGGUAAACCUCACAAGUGCAACUACUGUGGACGAAGCUACAAGCAGCGUAGUUCACUGGAGGAGCACAAGGAACGCUGCCACAACUAUCUCCAGAAUGUCAGCAUGGAGGCUGCCGGGCAGGUCAUGAGUCACCAUGUACCUCCUAUGGAAGAUUGUAAGGAACAAGAGCCUAUCAUGGACAACAAUAUUUCUCUGGUGCCUUUUGAGAGACCUGCUGUCAUAGAGAAGCUCACAGGGAAUAUGGGAAAACGUAAAAGCUCCACUCCACAAAAGUUUGUGGGGGAAAAGCUCAUGCGAUUCAGCUACCCAGACAUUCACUUUGAUAUGAACUUAACCUAUGAGAAGGAGGCUGAGCUGAUGCAGUCUCAUAUGAUGGACCAAGCCAUCAACAAUGCAAUCACCUACCUUGGAGCUGAGGCCCUUCACCCUCUGAUGCAGCACCCGCCAAGCACAAUCGCUGAGGUGGCCCCAGUUAUAAGCUCAGCUUAUUCUCAGGUCUAUCAUCCAAAUAGGAUAGAAAGACCCAUUAGCAGGGAAACCUCCGAUAGUCAUGAAAACAACAUGGAUGGGCCUAUCUCUCUCAUCAGACCAAAGAGUCGACCCCAGGAAAGAGAGGCCUCUCCCAGCAAUAGCUGCCUAGAUUCUACUGACUCAGAAAGCAGCCAUGAUGACCACCAGUCCUACCAAGGAAACCCUGCCUUAAAUCCCAAGAGGAAACAAAGCCCAGCUUACAUGAAGGAGGAUGUCAAGGCUUUGGAUGCUACCAAGGCUCCUAAGGGCUCUCUGAAGGACAUCUACAAGGUCUUCAAUGGAGAAGGAGAACAGAUUAGGGCCUUCAAGUGUGAGCACUGCCGAGUCCUUUUCCUAGACCAUGUCAUGUACACCAUUCACAUGGGUUGCCAUGGCUACCGGGACCCACUGGAAUGCAACAUCUGUGGCUACAGAAGCCAGGACCGUUACGAGUUUUCGUCACACAUUGUUCGAGGGGAGCACACAUUCCACUAGGCCUUUUCAUUCCAAAGGGGACCCCUAUGAAGUAACAAACUGCACAUGAAGAAAUACUGCACUUACAAUCCCACCUUCCUCAGAUGUUGACAUAUUUUAAAAAAUAUAUUAUUACUGUCAUUAAUUCUUAUUUUGUGAGACACAGUGUCAUUUGCUCUGCCUAAUUACAAUAAGGAAGAAACAGAAGAGAGAAGACACGGGGGAUAUUGGUUCUUGACAACUUGGCUGUUUAUUUUGUGGGAAUUUAAGAGUAGGUCAUUUCUGCCAUGCAUAGAUAUAAGGUAUAUCAUUCUUUGCAAAAAAAAAAAAAAAUCACUUGAUUCAUGUUGAUUCACCUAAGGAUUCUAAAUUUGCUAGUGAUGUUCAGGAUUAUGAUUGAAGAGAGGAAAGAUUAGCAUUUUCUGGGUAGGACUUUCACAGUUUAAAAUGGGAUAAGUAAUUUUACUGUUCAAAGAAGAAUUUGUUUCAAAAUGUAAACUGUUUUUUUUUUUUUUUCCUCUAGAGAUCAUGGAACACAAACACAUUAUUUUCAGUGAUAACUCCUUGGAUGAGUUAUUGUUGUGGGUUCUAUGUUUACUUCCCCUAUGGAAUUUAUAAUACGGUAUGUUGUAUACUGUACCAUAAAGCAAAACUUUUAAACUACAGGUAGUUAAGGACAGCUACAAUACAUCUGAGGUCCUAUGAUCUUAUUUUUCUAAACUUAAGCACUGUUUUUCCAUAGUUUUGAUGACUGGCAUUUUAUAGACACCCUGGCAGCCUUACUUUUAACACCUUUAACAAAUAGUAUUUUUAUCUAGUUUUCAGAAUAACAUAUGGUCUAAGAGUGGCUAAGAGGCAGUCAGUAGUUUCCAGAAGGGACCUCUACUUUUCUUAAAUUUGUUUUGGGAAGUUUUCUUUUAAUGUUGUAAUGGCAGCAUAGUAUUCAUAUUUGUUUCUAAAAGUAUGCUUACGAUUGUCACUUUAUCAGCAUUUAAUCAGUGUUAACCAGUCAGCAGAAAAAUACAAUUAGGCUAACAGUAGGGGGAAAAAAACCCAAUCAGAAAUCCCUUUUCUGGUAUUUCUCCUUUCACUGAUUUUUUCAAGCUGUGACCACCCAGUGUUUUGUCCAUACUCCAUUCAUCUUUUACUCUUCUAGUGGAAAGUCUGAAAAAUCUUGCUAUAGGCUAUUUCUUUCAAAAUCUCCUUUGAGCAAUUGCUAAUUUGACCCGAAUGUGGUAACUUGAACUCCAUAAGAUUAUGAAACUAGGGCUAUUUAUUCUAGUAUUUCUUCAAUAAUAAUAUUUACCACUUUUGGUAAAAGGAAAAGGGAACUUCUUUGUAACUGGUACAUUAACUACUAUAGGUAAGACAAACAGAAAUACCGCUUACUCUUACCUAGUUUGGAGUCUAGAAUAUGACACAACCUCCAAGCCAAUGUGACCACAUGUCCACAUUUUUCUUUCUCUAAAACAUGCAACUACUUAUAAGUUCUUGUCAAAAAUGAAUUUCAGUCCCUUACUACAAAACUUUUCUUCUUAUAGUCCAUACAUAUGUUGCCAUAUUUCAUAUACAGAUUUUAAUUUCAUUUAUUUGGGUGCUCUAGUUUUUUGGUUUUGGUUUGGUUUUGGUUUUUUUGUUUUGUUUUCUUUUUGGUUUUUUUUUUUUUUUUUUUUUUUUUCCCAGUCCAAUAGCAUUAGAGGGAAGGAACUGAAUGAACUGAUUGAGAUCAUUUGAGGGGGACACACGCUGGGAGGGAGAGCUCACUGCUUGUAUUUAGGGAGGACAGACUUGACCCUAAUUGGAUUAUCUGAUAACCAUUGACGAAUACUAAAUUUGUUAAGCAUUAUCUGAUAACUGCUCUUAAAAAAAAAUCAUUAAGUGGGAUGCUGAACCUGUGUUUCUUAAUGGAGAAUGUUGUGAGAAUUAGUAAGACUGUAGAACUCUGGACAGAUGAGCAAAUCUGGCCCCAAUACUCUUCUUCCCUCACUUUCUAGUUUACCAUCUGCUUAUGUAUACAGCUUCUCAGCACUAACCCAGCUAGAGCUAGACAAAAAUGGUUACAACUCAACUCUAUUUUACUAGCCCUCUGUGGUAAUUAUUUUUGGAGAAAUGUCCAAACUCUUCCUUUCAAUCUAAAAAAAAGCACCAAAACAGAGAUGUGAAAUGUUUUCAAUAGACUGUCAACUGCCAUUUUUUUCUCCUGCACACUAUGGUACAUUAUUACAUUGUGAACAUUCAUUGUACCAAAGGUAAACCAUGUCUUUGAGACCCCCUUGUGCUACCUACCCUAACCACUCAUAAAUACUGAGAAUUUCAUAUUUUUUUUCCUUUUGGAGGAAGGUAAAUAGUGAUUUUGUGUUUUACUACAAUUUAAGGAAACAUUUGGAUGGCAGUCAAUAUGUUCGUAACUUUGGCUGUGUGUGAAUUUCUGCUGGCAUCAUCUGUGAAUUUUUUUUUUCUGCUUAUUACUUUUUUUUCUUUCAGUAUAUGAACAAUCAUGUACCUACCUGGUCUGGAAUGAAACUGAAUUUAGGUGGCCCUGAAGACUUGUAUAGUAUCCCCAUAAAAACAGUACUGAUGCCCUCUCCUUUUCUGAUUUUACCUUUUUGAAAAUCUUUUUAUUGAAAGGACUUAAUAGUUUAAGAGAGUAUUUACUACAAGUAUAUACUUGUACUUCCUUAGCCUCAUGAUGCAAGGAACAGAUAGAGGUAAAGAUGGCUCAGGGUGUGGUAAGGGGCAAAUGAGGACAAGGUUAAUUCAGAUGUGUAGGAUAGACAGAAUUUUUGUGGACACAGUGUUUUCUGGGAAACUCUGGAUGGCUAUAUUUGCAUCCCUUUUCUUCACCAAAGGAAAUAUGCAAGGUGGUAGCAUCUAAAAAUAAAUAUGAGGGUCAGACACCAAAUAAAUCAAGUUUUACAUAACAGUUAGAUGCCCAGUUUAUUUAGGUGAGAUUUCACAUUACAGAGUAUUUGAGGGACAUGAAAAUGGGUUAGCCUCUGUAUUUUCCAGUUUGGCAAAAAUUCAGAAAUGCAUCAAUUACUUUGCCCUAAUAAUGCCCAGAAUUUUAUCUUCAGCUCCAAUUAUAGAAGUGUAUUGCCUCUCUCUAAUAGUGGUGACUUUUAAAAAGCCAUUUUCAUCUGGUUUUUAAGAGUGAAAGUGACCAAUAAGCAUGUUGGAAGAGAUUGAGUUGUUAAAACAUUCCAUUGAGAAUUUUCCAGAGACAAAAUGGGGUCAUGAGAAACUAGGAUUCAGAUUUGGCUACAAAGUAGGGAAGGUCUCUCCUCCAUACAUACAAGUAGUUGGAUGUGUGCAUCAUAGUACAUACAUAUACACACAUUCUUUUACAAAUUCAUGAAAAGCAGCAGUUAGUGAUCAAAUGUGUUGCAAGAGCAUAGAGUUAGAAUUAUAGUUAAUAUCUGAGCAAUUUAGUAGGUUUACUUUACCAUAUUGUAUUGAGAAUAUUAAAGUUACUAAUGUGUCUUUAGGACUAGUUGCAACAAUUAAACUUAAACCUUGAGUCUACCAUCAAAUUCCAAAACAACAACAACGAAACUCUUAAACUGAUUUGAUAUAUGAAAGAAACACAGAUUACUUUUGAACAGAAAGAUAAAUAAAAUAAAUUUUUCAAAUUUCGCUUGUUGGCAAAUGGAGGAAUACAAGAAUGUUUUGCUUAUCUUGGUAUUGUUUUUAUUUAUGGUUUUGUGUGUCGGUUGUACACUUAACAAAACCAUGAAGCUUUUAUAUUUUAUAAUUGCUUGACAAAAUCUUCAUCAGUGAAGGCAUUUAGAUGAAAAUUAUGUUUUACUUAUUUUCCAAAUGUUAUCUUUAAGUGAUUCCUUAUGGUGGAAAAAGAACAGAAAAGGCUGCAAAAAUACAAACAAAAAUUGUUUGCCCAUGGUUUCAAGACAGAACUUAGAUUAUAGGAAGUACUGGCUACAUUAUGUUUAACUUUGAAUUGUUCAUUUUACAAAAAGACAUAAGUUACAUUUGUGGUCAUCUUUAAUUAUAUUUUAAUAUAUUAUUUUAGUAAGUACUAUCUGUAUGAAGAUUAUUUUUAAUCAGAAAAUUCCCCAAACAUGAAAGAAAAAAAUAGUAGGGGAUGAAAUUGAAGUUUGUAUAUAUGGAAGUUACCUUAGAAAUGUUUUUAAACCUCCAGUUUCUGCAAGAUAAUUAAAAUAUACAGUAACUGGUCUUAAGACUCUGAAUUUAAUGUAUUAAAUACUUAUAAAAUUUAUUUAUAUUGGUGCCUUUUUAAAAUGCAUUGAGGAGUGUUGGUUAGCUGUUGUAGCUCUACAACACUUUUAUUAUGUAUUUUUAAAAAUCACUUAAAAUUGAUUACUAUAUAAUUCUUCUUCAUGUUCUUAGGUCAAACUGUUAGAGGAAUUUCCAGUACAUGUGCUUAAAGUAAAAGGAAACUCUGAAACAAGAUUUUAACGUCUUUUUAGUUUGACAGUAUUUCCGAAUACCAUUACAAAAUUAUGCGAGUAAAAUAUAAGGUAGAGGGAAAUUGUAGCUGUGAAUUGCAUUAUGGCAUGUGUUUUUGUUUUGUUUUUAAGGAAGAAUAAGUUCUAGUAUCAUACAAGGCUUUAGUAGUGAAAUAUUUGGUCAAUAAAAUACAGUAUUGUUUUGGAAUUUCAUCUAUAGGCUAGUGUAUCUGCUAGUCUUAGAACCUGUGUUUUCUAAUCUGUUAAUGUUUUAUGGAAUGAUGUAAAGAGCAGGUAAUUAAUCCUCCUUGAACAAAACAAAACUGAACAGUCAUAUCACAUUGCUAUUCUCCAAAGCAUAAUCUCAAAUGGUUUCCUACCAUGGUUGUGUAUUACUUGCAAUGGAUGUGUUAGGAUAUGACAGCUUUUUUAAAAAAAUGAGCUGCUUGUUAUACAAAGCAAAUGUCACAUGACCAAGAAGCUGUGAUAUGCUAGUGUUUCUUUUUAUCAUAGUGUAUUGCUAGGCCAAAUAAUGACACCUUGAAUAUUUUUACACUUAUUGCAGAAACCUAAAUUUUUGGAAUUUCCAUAAGGUUUUUAUGUAACAUUAUAUUUCUAGCCUUUUAGUUUUCUCUUGCUGUACUGUAAGUUUGUGGGUAUUUUUCACAUGCACUCUUAGAAAUAAGUUCCUAAUUCUGUUUAUGGGGUUUUUCUCCCAUAACAUUGCAUUUGUAUAUUUUCUGUGUAAAUUUGUUGUGAAUUAACCUUUAUCCCAUACAGAGAGUGGUACGUGAAUGACUAGUUUUCUAAGAUGUCCUUUGUAUUGUGAAUAAAAUAUAAAAUUUAGAGGCCCUCUGCUAAGCCACAAAAAGUACAGCAUAAAACUUCACAUAGGUACAAAGAAGCCAGUUUGCAGUUAAUCGGGCCCUUCAAAUUACCUCAAGUGACACACAGUAAGAAAAGCUUCUUGAACGGGUGGAGGUCACUGAAUCCCCAACUAUGCACUUAUCAGGAUUCUCCUUAACUUACUGGAAAUGGCUUUUUCUUUUUUAAUGAAUACACUGUAACAAGGGAAGGACUCUGGGUUUUGUUUUUUGUUGUUUUAUUCUUUUGUGGAAAAGUAGUUCUAUUUCUGAAACUGUGAUAAAAUAUUUUGACUGUCGAGCACUCUCGGAUUUUGAACAUAAAUCACUUCACUUCCCCUUCUGCGUAACGAAGUUCUUUGAGAUCUCUUAAAUUUUGUCUACUCUCUUCCACCUCUUUUCUUCUUUCUGUCCAUGUCCCUUCCAUCAUUGUCUCUGGAUGUCUCUGCUUCUCUUUCCCCCUACUAGUUUGAAGCUUAACUCAACUCUUAUUUCCAAUUCAUAGGUCUCUUAAGUCUUAAUUUUUUGUGUGUGACUUUGGUUGGCUGUAUAAUCUGCUGACAUAUUUUUAUACUCAAGUGUAGUUUUAUAUUUAAAAAAAAGUAGUUGGUUAAAACUAGUAAGGAUAUAUAACCCUUGUGUUACUUUCAUUUUCAAAUAUUGGGUAUCUAAAAUAUGACUUCAGAGAUUAUGUAAUCAGAAUAAUACGGUAUGUUUGCCUUCCUUUUUUGCUGGAUUUUGUGAUCUGAUUUGGUUUUUCUCCUAAAAUAUGUAUUAUGAGAGAUUAAACAAUUUUUUACAUGAAUUUAGAAAGAUGUUAAAAAUCUAAAGCAAAAGUCUUAACUGUCUCCCGGUUGGGAGAAAAUGCUUUAACAUUGCUCUAAUAAUAUUCCAGGUUUGGAGGGGGCUCUCCAGGCUCCACAUUUGCUCUUAAUAUAACCUUUUAGACCAUGUGUUAUUUGCAAUCCCAAAACGAUUGCUUUUGCUAUUUAGUUUAAAAGAUAUCUUUCUUUUCUUCCUGUACAAGUGCAAUACUUUCCUUGAAGUCUUAAAAACUAUGGGGUUUUAUAAAAUUCUUCUUUAGUUAAAGACAAAAAGAAACCCUUGAAAAUCAUGGUAUGUUAGGACACAACAAGCAAGGAGAAAAACACUCCACAGCCAAAAGAUUAGAAAACAUGGAAACCACUGGUCUAAUCUCAUGGUAUCUUUAUUUAGGCUAAAUUUUCAUUGACAUUAGUAAGCUUUUGCCUCAGAAAUGUGUCCUAAAGUUUAAAUUCUUAAAGAACUGAAUUUUCUUCUUAGACCCUUGCCCAGUGUUUUAAAUUAAGAGCCUUUUUUUUUUUUUUUUUUUCUUAUCUCAUGUUUCUCCUUUUGGAAACUUUAAAAACAAAGCACUUAGCUCAGUUUUAAACACUUAACUAUCACCUAUUGGAGAAAAUUUUUAAGAAAUAUUUGGAGCACUCCUGUUUUCAUAUGAGCUUAAGUAAGAAGUAUUUUUCGUAUCAUACAUAUUUAUAUGUAGUAUGCUGAUUUUCUUUUUUUAUACCUGUGUCCCUGUAGUAAAACUGCUGUAAUGUAAAUACAUAUUUUGUUAAAAGAUAACAUUUCUUUGGCAUUUCUUUUAAAGGCAGUUACUGCAUUUGUACAGUAUGUGUCUUGGUCAUUUUAGAUUUUUUUUCUUUAACAAUACCAAAGGUAAUUAGACUACUUUAAAAACUAAUUGCUUGACAGUUUCUAGGAUAUUUUGAGUUUUAGAAGCAAAAAAAAAAAAAAAAAAAAAAAAA